CUGCAGAAAGCCUCGACUUUGCUGAACAGACCCCACCACCAGCUCGGGGGUGAAAUCGCUACAGUGAGCAUGUGCGAACAGGAACUAAUUGACUCAGGUAGGAGCUCCGUUUGACGGCGUUGUUCCCCCUUUUUCCAUUCGAACAACUGUGAACAAAAGGCCAGAGUCUUUCCCUAAUCAAGCUAAUGGAGGCUGGUGGCUGGAUGUGAUGGGCAGCGACAGGUAGAGGAGCCCCGGGGGGAUUCAGGGCGUCGGAGAGAUGAGGACUUGAGGACCUGAUUGGAUGAUGGAACCGGAUGAUAAAGAGCCUCGACGUGUCCUGUCAGAUCCAUUAGCAGAGUCAGAGCAGCGACAAGGACCGAGGUUCUAGUUGUCAGAGUGUUAAAAAGUAAACGUGGCUGCUCAGAAGACGGCAAAAAAAGCUGCUUCAACUUUAGUUUUAUUCUUAGAUUCAACUGAGAAUCGCAGCUGAGAUGAAACUUCAGAGGAAAAUGACACAACGGAUCUCCGUUCUGCUGCUGAGCUGCUUCCUGCUCUGGUUCUGUCUCCAGACCAGCAGCAGCGUUUCAGCCGUGAACCUUCGGCGGUUCGUCGGCUGUGCGGUCCGAGAGUUCACCUUCCUGGCCAGGAAACCGGGCUGUGGAGGGCUGCACGUCACCACCGACGCCUGCUGGGGGCGCUGCGAGACCUGGGAGAAGCCGGUCCUGGAGCCUCCGUUCAUCGAGUCCCAUCAGAGGGUUUGUACUUACAAUAAAUCCCGUGUGGCUACGGUGAAACUCCCAAACUGCCAGCCCAACGUGGACCCGACCUUCAGCUACCCGGUGGCCCUCAGGUGUGACUGUGGAGUCUGUCUGACCAGCACCACCGAGUGCAUCACCUCCAUAUGAACAGCAAACACAAACAACUACGACAUGUGUUUAACUGGGAUUCAGUUGAUGCUGCUGUCUGGAUUCUUUGUUUUGGUACCAGAUGUAAUUAAUACUCAUAAUAAGCUUUUUAAUAAACAAAAUUAUAAAAUAUAUAAAA